ACCGCAAUUUCUUUAAUUUUAGACUUAAAUAAACAAAUAAAAGCGAAAAAAACUUUUUUUUUGAUUUAAGUAGGCUUGGCUAUGUUUAUUGCAUUGUAAUGGUGUCUAGCGGUUCAGCAAUGGAUCCUGAGCAAGUGGUAAGGCGAAACCCGCCUGGAACUAAAGCUGAGGAUUUUUACAAAUGGUCCCCUCAAAGUUUUGACGAGAUGGACAGCACGUUAGCUGUCCAACAAUAUAUUCAACAAACUAUUCGACAAGAUUUUACAGACACAGAAACAAUAUUAACGGCACCACCAGGUCAAGAUGAAGGGGUGUGGAAAUAUGAACAACUUAGACAGUUUUGUUUGGAAUUGAAUGGUUUAGCGAUCAAACUACAAGCUGAAUGUACGCCCAUGACUUGCUCUCAAAUGACGGCAACCGAACAAUGGAUAUUUCUAUGUGCUGCACAUAAAACACCAAAGGAAUGCCCGGCUAUUGAUUAUACAAGACAUACAUUGGACGGAGCAGCUUGUCUGUUAAACAGCAACAAGUAUUUCCCAAGCAGAGUCAGUAUAAAAGAUUCAUCCGUUGCAAAACUUGGUUCAGUUUGUCGAAGAGUUUACCGAAUAUUUUCGCACGCUUAUUACCAUCAUCGGCACAUAUUUGAUGAGUCCGAGAAUGAGACUUACCUAUGUCGACGUUUCACAACGUUCGUGAUACGAUACAAUCUUAUGUCCCGUGAUAACCUUAUCGUGCCAAUCAUGGACGACAUGGCCCCGAACACCUCCAACAAUAAUUCCGUUGAGCAAUUUACGAUCGUGAAAAAUAUGUCGGGAGAUUCUGCUCCGAAGACCAUCGCGUGCUUCCAGGAUCUUCCGGAAGGUGUCAUCCCUGAUCCGGAUGAUAAUGAAGAUGAGUUCGGAGGUUCUCCUGUUGAUCCCGAGGAUGGAGGAACAGAGAUUGAGGAUGGUUUUUCUUACAGUGAUGAUGUAAAUUUCGGGACUUUGAAGCCGAUGAAAGGUACAAGUUUGAGUGAAAUGAUCCGGCAAAGUGAGGAAGAAGAGGAACAGAAGCCGGAUGCAGUUGAUGAAUCACUUAACAUCACUGUUGUUCCAAGUGAGAACAAUGAGGAAUCUGAUCCUGAUUCCACAGAAGAGGAUGCGGGAAAACAUCCGGAUGAAAAUCAGGUCUAGUAGAAGAUGAGGAUCUUUAUCUUGAAGAUGAAAUCGUGAAAUGAAGUUUGGAUCUUGUGUUAGUUUGUUUCUGUGAUGUUUAUUAUCAAUUAUGUGGAGCACUAAAGGUUGGUAAUUAAUACUUAAACUACAAGUUUUGUUUAACAUAUUCCAAACAUGGUUACUUUAUUUGAUCUGACACAUCUUGAAUAUAUUUCACGUCUUAUGGUAAUUAACUUAGUUAAACAAAUGCUUAGCAUGGGUACUUACUCACUUAGAGAAAGAUAAAAUGGCUUGUUUGUAAUAUAGGGCCCAAUUAUGAUGUCAUUACUGUGGUUUAUAAAUAGAAUUUUCAACGAUAUUAGAUAAUGUUUUUAUUUGUUACUAAAAUUCCUGUUUAAUCUAAAUUUAUAUUUUUAGCAUAAAUUCAUUCUGCAGUUUGUAACAGCGCUGUGCGGGUCUAUUCGUUGCUUUAAUGACGCAGAAACAUUUGAUUAGCUUCACUAUAAAUACUUAGCACACAAGCAUUCGGUAUAUCUGGCAAUGCUGCUUUUAAGUGUUUUGCAUGAAACCUAUUUGUGACAUAACCACAUGUGGAAUACACUAGACAUUUGAAAGGUUUUUCUUGAGUAUGAAUAUAGAAUGUAACUAUUGCUAA